GCCUUCUCUCUGUCCCUCAAAACCAUCAUUCACCUAUAUAGCUUUCUCCUACAUCUCCAUCACAACCCACUUCAUAAGGGCCUCUCAACCCUUUCCCACAUCCCUCACACCCCUUUAUCACCCCUUUCUGCCAAAUGAGGAAACCUGAUAUGAUGGCAAAAGACAAACUCAACACCACCACCACCAUUAACACCACCACCACCAACAACAACAACAUUAAGAGCAAGUUAAGAAAAGGGUUGUGGUCACCUGAGGAAGAUGAGAAACUGAUAAGGUACAUGAUCACUAAGGGACAAGGAUGUUGGAGUGACAUUGCAAGGAAUGCUGGCCUUCAAAGGUGCGGCAAAAGUUGUCGUCUUCGUUGGAUCAACUACCUCAGACCUGAUCUCAAACGUGGUGCAUUCUCACCCCAAGAGGAAGAACUCAUCAUCCAUUUGCACUCCCUUCUUGGAAACAGAUGGUCUCAGAUUGCUGCACGUCUUCCUGGUCGCACAGACAAUGAGAUAAAGAAUUUCUGGAACUCAACACUGAAGAAAAGGUUGAAAAUGAGCAGCAGCAACAUCAACAACACUUCAUCACCAAACAACAGUGACUCAUCAGACCCUAGAGAUGUCAUGGGGGGGAUAAUGCCAAUGAAUGAUCAGCAUGACCUCAUGACCAUGUGCAUGGACUCCUCCUCAUCAACAUCAUCAUCAUCCAUGCAAUCCAUGCAAGCCAACAUGGCACUAACAGACCAAUUUGACCCCUUUCCUUUGUUGUCCAACCGCUAUGACAUGACCACCGGUGCAGCCGGUUUCCUUGACAACAUGGCUGCAUGCUUAAACCAAGUUGGUAUGGUAGAUCAUGAUGAUGGGGUUGUUCAUGGAGGUUAUGGGGCAUUGGAACCUAAUAAAAUGGGGUUAGAAAGCGACUUUUCCCUUCCUCCACUAGAAAGUAGAAGCAUUGAGGAGAAUUCUAGUAACCCAAUUGAUGUGAAAAGCCAUAACAACAACCACUUGAAGAACAGUUGCUUCAGUAACACUGAUCAUCACCAUCACCAUCAUCAUCAUCAUCAUAAUUUUCAAACCUCCAACAACGUAGUUGUAGAGGAUUUGUUUGGUUUUGGAAAUCAUGGGCAAGGGGAAAACUUUAGAAUGGGAGAAUGGGACUUUGAGGGUUUGAUGCAAGACAUGUCCUAUUUCCCUUCCCUUGAUUUCCAAGUUUAAGAAAGUCAUAUUAGAUCCACCUCACAACACAUAAAGAAAAUCGGCUUAAGUAGCUCUCUUUGCGUUAACAUUAAAUCUUGUUAACGCCAUUCCAAACACACAUUAAAUCUUAAUCCUUUUUUUUUCAGAGUUUCCUUAUUUCUUCCUUCCAAUUGUGUAAACAACUCUAUUAUAAGGAUACUGGUUAAAGAAAACCACAAAAAUAAAACUCUUUUUCCUUUUAAAAUUAUGAUCACUAGAAACUACUAAUAAAGUGGAUCAAUAGCAUUUUUUUAAAGAAAAAAAAAAAACUUUAACGAGAGUACCUUAAAAAUACUUGUUUUUUACUCUCUUUCCAAGACACAAGCCCUUUUACUUGUUUUUUCUUCGUAUUACUCUCAUUGUUUCUUCUUUCUUUUCUUGGUUUUAAUAAAAAUAAAUGUCAUAACUCAAUUGUCAAUUGUUCUAGCUAGAUCUAUUUAGUUGUGCAACAAAAGAAAAAUUGCAUUGUAAACGUGCAUAGGGUGGGCCUGGGAUAUAUAUAUUUCUUGCUUUGUUUGUGCCCUAGCUGUUUCCCUGUUAUGUGUUUCCUGUCAUUUUCAAGGAAUAGCUUGGUUGGUGCAAUAAUGUAAAAGAGAAAUGUGAAUAGUCAUACUUUACAAUGUCAAGAGAAAAAUAAAGCCAAGUUGAAAUUUUAUGUAGUUUUGUGUAUAACACAAGGAAUAAUGUUGAGUUGAAAGUGGUUAUUUAGUGCUAGAUAAUAUAGAUCUUUAAUACAA